AUGGCUGAUGAAUUUUCUUCAUCCUCUGCAAAUCCUAUAGUUCUCACAACAGGAAACACUCUUUUAUCUCAACCAAACACCCUCAUCUCCAUCAAUGUUGCCACACAAAUGUCAUUCAAACUCAGCAAAAUGAACUAUGCAUCUUGGAGAACCCAAUUCACUAAUCUUUUAUUUGGAUAUGAUCUGUUGGGCUUCCUCAAUGGCACAACUCCUUGUCCUCCCGAAACCAUCCUGCAAUCUGGUUUUACAACACCUAUCUCUAAUCCCGAGUGCAAGUUAUGGAAACGACAGGAUCGUCUCAUUCUCCAUGCCAUUCUUGCAUCAGUCACAUGGGUUGUUUCCCCACUUAUCUCCUCUGCAACAACUUCUCAUGAAGCAUGGCAAAAACUAGAGAUCACUUUUGCAAAUCGAUUACGAACCAGAAUGCUUAGUUUACGUAAUAUUAUGAUGAAGACAACAAAGGGUUCUCAAUCCAUUGCUGAAUACAUGCAGACCAUCAAAAUCAUUACCGAUGAUCUUGCUUUCAUGGGCUAUCCUCUCAGUGAAGAUGAAAUUAUCCUUCAUGUUUUCAAUGGGUUGGACAAUGAUUUUAAAGAAAUUAGUGCUGCCAUUCGAGCCAGAGACUCACCAGUGACAUUUGAAGAACUUCAUGACAAAUUACAGGAUCAAGAAACUCUUUUGAAGCAAGAUGACACCAGCAAGGAAGCUCCACCAAUCAUUGCUCAGUUUCAUCACAAAUUCUCUAAUCAUAAAGGAAAUAGUGAAAAAUCAGGUGGACAUCCGGGAGGCAAUUUCAACAACAAAGGAUCAACCAAUAACUUUGGCAAUCGAAAUAUCUUUGACAAUCAGGGAAAAAAUAUUGUUCAAGGUAAUAAAAAUUUGUCCAAUCAAGGAAAUCACCAUCCCCAACAGCAUUUCAAUUCUUCACAGUAUUCUUGGUGUCCCAACAAUGGUACCAAUCAACGUCGAAUUAUUUGUCAACUAUGUGACAAAGCUGGCCACAGUGCCAAGGUAUGUCAUUCGCGACCACCAUCACGCUUCUCACCUUAA